UAUGGCGUCCAGUUUAAUUCACGAGAAGAGAGUUUGUUUUACCUCGUCAGCUCAACGCGAUUUCAACGUGCGUUAAACUUUAAAAUGUCCUCCAUAGACCGUUUGGACGCUUUACGAGAGCAAAACAAAGAUCUACUGAACCAGCUGAAGCGGCAGAGAGAGAAAGUGGAGAGUCUAAGGGGCUGCAGUCAUAGCCGCAAGAGGGAGAGAGAGGACGAGGCAGAGGAGAGGAUACAGCCUGAAGACAUGGUGACGUGCACCGAUGGAGACCGCAGUUCGGCAAGGGCCGCCCUCGCCAAACUUACCGUGAGAUUUGCGGAUACAUGUGAGAGACAAACAGGCAUCUCGCGCACUGUUUCCACACCAUCUUUGGUCUCCAAACAUAGAGGAGGGAUUGCUCAACAUACAGACUCAUCAGUCAUUUUCAAAGACAGUGACAGACAUCCUCAGGUCCAGGAGAGGCGACGGGAAACAAAGCCACACAGCAAUAAACCAUGUUUAGUAAAUCACAGUAAAGAACAGAGGGAGGUGCGGAGUCGAGUCACAUUUCAGUCUGACAAAUGUGAAGAGAUACCUGCCUGUGACAGGCAUCAUUUGCAGCCCUUACUUGGAUAUGACUGGAUCGCAGGAGUCCUGGAUGCUGAGGAUUCCUUGAUAGAGCGCUCUGACGAGUUCUUCAAUGACCUGCACGUGUUUCGAUCACUCCAUAAAGAUGAGUGUGUCCACAUGCCACAAGCAGAAUUUUCUGAGGAGAACCAUUCAGGGCUGCCGCUGCUAACUAACAAGGAUGAUCCAGAGACUAACACAGACACUCAUCAAUGUACAUUCUCUUACAGGAUUAACAGCAGACUGUUCCCUGUCCCACUUCACUCUCAGGAGCACUGUCCUGUGUGCAAAACGCACAAAUCUUCCCACCCUCACACUACAGCUGAACCAGCUCUUAUCAGGGUCAGCAUCCCUCGCUCCACCCUCUUGCCACCUUACAAAUACAAAGCUCAUCGGCGAUGCAGCUUUGACCCUUCUGAUAGUUUGGGUUUGCCAUCGCACUGUCUCUCAGGCUGGUCACACACAGGUCAGAGCACCCUGCCACCACCCAGCACCCUCGAUCUGCAGAGCAGUUUGAAAACAAAGAGCUUCACAGAGUCACAGAACAAGGAACUGGAGGAUCUCUCUGUGCCCAAAGUGUCCAGUCACCAGAUCUCUGACCAGAUCCUAAAUGUGUCAUGCUUGGCUCGUCACAACUUCCAACACUUCCAACCCAAAAAAAACUAAGAAGCGCAUCUUACCCAGUGUGCUGAAAAAUCAACCAUCAUUCAGUCUAUUUUUAAGUGAUCCUUGUAGUUCCUGCAAGCCGUUUGACACCGCCCUAAAUGAUUUUCCAUUUUUAUUUAUUUUUAUUUUUAACUAUGUGUUCCUGAAAUUGAUUCUAAAUAUUAGACCAUUUGUUUUGUCGCGUCACGUUAGCUUGUUUUAUGUCUAUUUAUUCAUACAUAAUGUGAAUAAAAGCACAUGACAUAGCAGCAUAUUUUAUGUUGACAGGAGUUGCAUUUUAGUUCUUCAUUUUUUCUGAGAAGAUUUAGGCUCCACAUGUGACUGUCAGCAGCCUUGUGGAUGUGAAGCAAGAGAUCAUAACAUUACGCCACAGAGGAAAGGGAAGACAUUUAGCACGUAUAGAGCACAUACAGAGUUCGCCUUGUAAAUUUCACAACAAUAAGGGAAACAUUUUGAAUCAUCUGUUGCUCAGAAGUACCAGUUUGUGUUUCCCUUUCCAGCUGUUUUCUUUGGCUCCCAGGCUCAUGUUUACUUCUGUUUUUAACUUCCUUUGUGACUUCCUUAGUGUGGGGCUGUGAACAUGAAGACACAAGGGCAGUAGGUACUAUACAGAUUUCAAAGGAAACCACAACCACCUAUACUGUAGCCACCCUUCCUAUGACAUAACUUUUUCCGGUUUUUGCUGAGCAGGAUAAUGUAUUUAAUGUGUUCUAAUCAAAUCAAUAAAAAUGAUGAAUGGAAUUAAUCAAAAGUAAAGGAAACUAUCUCAUUUCCUUUACUUCCUUUUAAUUAUUUUUUUUCACAAUGAGUUCUUUGUGUCCUGCUGUGUGUUGAAGUUACAGUACUUUGAUGUUUUAUGGCUCAAACAACUUUUCAAAGCAAACCAACAUCUAUCAUCUGUAUAUUGUUAUCUGACUGUUGAUAGUUAUGUUUGAGCUUGGUUGCUGUGAUACCAGAGUGAAGCUUUGUUAACCUUUUUUUUUUUUUUUUUUCUUCAUGUGCUAGUUUUCAUUAGACAAACACUAUGAUUUAAAGUUGCUGAGUUACACAUUGGCUUCAAAUUCCAGUAUCUUACUGAGAGAUCUUUGCCAAUAAACUUACUUGGCUUUGAUCAGAUCCUGAACUGGGGCUUACAUGAAAGUCACAGUCAUUGGUUUCCAUGGAAAUAACACGAUUUGAAACUCAAUCGAGGCUGAUAAGAGAUCACAGUGAACAUCAUUGUUAUUGCUUAAUACUGCUGAUAUAGACACAAUGAUUUUAGACUGUCUGUAGUGAACUACCACACUGUAAAAAUGGAACUACAGAAAAAAUAAAAGCAGACAGUAUGUUCAUACCUGA